AAAGCAGUUUGUCGUUUAUGUGUGUGGUAGUUAUUCAGUUGGGGAAAUCCCACGAUCUCUACAAAACUAACGACAUGCUGGUUUAAGUUGUCUGUCGUGCCAAUGUUGACGUUGGAUCAGAACAGCGGUUUGGCGCAUAUAACGUGUAUAUUAAUAAUAUAAAGCUAUGGUUUGGCGGGGUGCUGCCAUGGCAACGACUAGAGCGUCAACCAGUGACUGUAAAAAGACAACAUGUCCGGGGGAGCGACACGUCGUGAAAAGAGAGAGCAACCAAAAGCAAAGGACAAUAAGCUACAGAAAGAGGAAAGUGUCUUCCUCCAGUGGGAAGUGCUGCCAAACCACCAAAUCCAAGAGCUGCUUAAGAAAACUGUGGACGAACUUCAGCUUGAAAUGAACGCGAUUCUGGGCUUGAGGAAUCAUCACAUCUGUAUGAAGGAAGCUGCCCUGCUGGAUUACUAUGUCUGUGGCUUCUGGUGGGCGAAAGAGGCCAACUUCACCCCCAUAAAGAUCUCCUUCACCAUGGCUGUACUGCACAUGCUGCUGGAUAACAUAAGAGAGAAACAGAUGGUUUUAGUGGAGAACUUGAUGGAGUUUGCUAAGGCCUUAUGUGCUGCCUGCCAGUGGUCGACUUUAAAGGAAGACAGCCCUCCACAUCUAGACAGAGAAGAAGCCACAGCACUCAUAAGUUACAUCAGAAACAGUCUGUUUCAGAAAUACAGACUCUAUGAGCUUCUGUUCACCACAUCCAGAGAGGAGCUACUGACAGGCACGGAGUCAAACGUGCUGUUUUCCAGAGGACCAUUGAGGUGUUCAGCUGUCAGGAUGCUCUCACUCCCUUGGAGGAAGGUAUUUCCACUCACCUCUCCUUCCACUAAAUGGCUCUGCCUGUUAUCCAGAUAAAUGAACAGGUGACGAUGGAUAGAGGGAUAGCAUCAGUGUGAGCUGUGACUUGCGAUUCCUUUGUCGUCCACAGUAGGGCGUUGUCUGUCUGUAGAAUCAGACUGUACAUAAGCAGUCCACAUGUCAUCUUUGGCCUUACUUUUGCUUUGUUUCUGUACCUUUCACUUAAUCCAUGUUGUUAGACUGCCUCACAUGGAUCAAAUGACCUAUAAGCUAGGCUAAUUAUUAGACUUCCUAUGGGUAAAGUGGUAUGUAACAAUGACACAGAAGGUUACAGAUGUUUUUUCCUUCACAAUAGAUGGUUAGUCGGUUUGUUAAAAAAUAAUAAUAAUAAAAAAAAACCUCUUCUGAAAUAUACAUAUGUUUGUUUAUCAUGACUAAUGCCACAUUGUACAGUGACUUAUGCUUCCCUUUUUGUGUAUGUAAAUGUAUCUAACAUUCUACCCCUGGCCAACUUAAGAGAACUCUCUUAAAUUUAAGGGUACAUUUACAUUGCUACGUUUUGGUUUUUAAGCGGAGUUUUGAGCCAAAAGCGAUCUCUGUGAACAAGUGUUUUUAGCUCCAGUCUCAGUGAAUGAGACGUCAUGACCCAAUCGAGGGCGGAACGUGUCGGUGUGGUCAAAGGUCUCCGUUUGCGGCCGUUGAGACUGCAACACAACCACGCAGAUUCCAAACCAAAACGGGU